UAGUUUGCUUUAUGUUUAUCUCUUUCUCCAGAUCAUGGCCCAGAGGAAGUCUUCUGGCAGACUAAACACUGAUCCUUCCAGACUUAGGGACAUCCCUUUCCAGGAGUUCCCAGCUCCCAAGAAUGAGCUGGCCCAGCACUUCCAGGUUUGGUAUUUGGGUCGUGUGCCGGUGACAAAGCCAGUUGGCAUGGAGGUUAUUAAUGUAGCGCUGGAGACGGCCCUCAACAACAAAGACAAGGAGGAUUGGACAGCGGUGAACGUGAACGUGGCGUCCGCUACACUCACCAUUAUAACUUCUGAGUCGGAGGAAGUUCUUUCCGAGUGUCGUGUGCGUUUCCUAUCGUUCAUGGGAGUCGGGAAGGAUGUGCACACGUUUGCAUUCAUCAUGGCAGAGGGACCUGGAGACUUCAUCUGUCACAUGUUCUGGUGUGAUCCUAACGCAGCCAGUCUAAGUGAGGCCGUACAGGCUGCCUGCAUGGUAAGCUUAUGUCUAGUUAAUCAUCUACAGCACAAAUUAAAAAAGAUAAAUUAAUUCUUUACUGCACAUGUAAAAGAGAUACAGAUAGUU